UGCUAUUUUUCUUCUAGUUGUUUCCUGGUAAUACAGAUAGGAAUACUGUUGUCAAGAAUGUCCUACAGUAUCCAGUUCUGGUCAGAUACAUUAGGUUUAUACCCACAACGUAUAACAUUUAUAAGGUACUUCGUGUUGAAGCCUAUGGCGUUCGCAGAGGUUCGUCGUGCAGCUCUCUACCAGUUGGUAUUGGUAGUGGUAAGAUACCAGACAGUGAUAUGACGUCAUCAACAGCUUACAACAGUACCACGUCACCAUCCAAGGCAAGACUAAACUACACAGCAGGGUCAUCGUGGUGUGCUGCUGCAAAUGACUCUUCUCCAUAUCUACAGAUUAACUUAGGAUCGCCUUACAUCAUUUGUGGUAUAGCAACACAGGGUGACCACAUGAGCGAUCAGUGGGUACAGUCUUACAACAUGCUGACAUCAAAUGAUGGAACUGCUUUUACCAAAUACACGGAAAACAGCCAAGUGAAGUCCUUUGUUGGUAACUUCGAUUCCUCCAAUACUGCAGUCAAGAAUCUUUUGUAUGAUGGUACUGUUAGUCAGUACAUACGUGUUGCACCCACAAGUCAUUAUGGGAGUACAAACUGCAUGAGAACAGAACUCUAUGGAAUAAGACACGAUGGAGGCUGCACAUCCAUGUUCGUUGGUUUAUCAUACUCUAGUAUCAUACCAGAUCACAGGUUUUCUGCCAGUUCAUAUUAUGAUCUCCGUUAUAAGCCACACUUUGCAAGACUAUCAACAUCCAGUAAAGCCUGGGGACCACGAACAACGUCUGGUGCAUGGUUACAGAUAGACCUCGGUUCUGUGGUGUUUGUGUGUGCAGUAGCUACACAAGGUGCUGGGGCUGAUCUGACAGACGAGUUUGUAAGAAAAUAUAAGAUACAAGUGUCCUUGGAUAAUGUGAAUUGGAAUCAUUACCAGGAAAAUAAUGGGGACAAGGAAUUUACUGGAAACACAGAUCGUUCUACAGUUGUAACAAACAAACUCAAAAAUCCAGUUAGGGCAAAAUUUAUACGAUUCUACCCUAUAGACUACAGAAGCCAUCCAACAAUGAGAGCUGAGGUUUAUGGGAUCUCAUCAGCUUGCAGUUCUCUUGUUGGACUUGAGGCACCUGGUAUCAUUCAAGACAGUCAAAUGACGUCAUCUUCUAACCUUGACAGUGACCAUACUGCAUCACAUGGUCGUCUCUAUGGCAGCAGCGCAUGGUGUAGUAGCACAUCAUCUAACACUCAGUACAUACAGAUUAACCUGGGACAAGUGAUGACAGUGACAGGUAUAGCAACACAGGGUGUCCACACCAUGGAUAAGUGGGUGAGGACCUACACUAUCAGUUACAGUACGGAUGGCAAUCUGUGGAGCACCUACAAAGCUGGUAGCAACAGUGAUAAGAUACUCGAAGGAAAUAGUGACAAGGAAAAUGUAAGAGUACAAUGGCUGAGUCAUCCACUGACAGCCAGGCAUGUUCGAGUUACACCACAGACAUGGAAUACUGCUAUAUGUAUGAGACUAGAACUGUAUGUAUGUGACUAUGUUACCAGGCAAGUAAUAGUGUCAGGUCUGAUCAAUCAAAGCCUCACAGCAUCAUCCAAUAGCUAUGUAGAUCUGGUGUGUAGUGUACGAGAACCAUUAAUACAAUACAUCAAAUGGUACACUGGUAAUACUGACAUCACCACUCAAUCUACUGGUCUUGUGCAUGGUGCUAAUGGAGGCAAGAAGUCAACGUUGAGAGUGAACUACACGUCUGCUGAUUAUAUACUCAGUACCUACGAUUGUCAUGACUCAGUGUGCAGCAAAGCAUAUGUCUGUAGAGCGAUGUAUGAGAAUACCAAGAAUACCGCGGAUGGAAUAAGGAGUGCAGGAGUGACCGUAAAACUUGAUUACCCAAGUAUCCCAACAGUACCAACAGUCCAUGAUAUCAAGUCAACCUCAGUAACAGUAAGAUGGAUCCAACCUGCACUGAACGCAUCCCAGGCUAGUGUGACAUCAUACGUGUUACAAUACCAGAACAUUACACAUACACAGACAAUAAGUGUCUCAUCUCCUGCAACUAGUCACGUGAUAACUGGUCUUGCUAUCUAUGCUAACUACAGUGUUCAGAUAAAAGCGAUCAGCGGAAUUGGUCCUGGACAAUGGAGUGCGACCAAAAACUUUAGAACACUCUCUGAUAUACCUGUGGGUUUUCCAAAUUCUGUGAAAGCUGUGGCUCAAACAUCCCAAAGUAUACGCGUUGCUUGGCAGGCACCGACAUCAGGAAUCAAUGGCCCUCUUCGUGGAUACAGAAUAUUUUGCAGAUCAGGAAGUGAUAUACGUAAAAGUACUGCAACUCCUCAACAAACAAGUCACACGUUCAGUGGUCUGAGAAAGUGGACAGUGUACAACGUCACAGUGGUCAUACGUAACGAUAAGGGAGAUGGACCUAUCCAUAGCUACGUGCUUAGGCGAACAUUUGAAGAUGCUCCCGGGCAGCCACAAAGCUUCCAAGUCACCGUCCUUAGUUCUACUGCUGUUCGACUGAAUUGGACUUUACCACGUGAAACAAAUGGUAUCAUAAGAGGGUUCAAGUUGCACUACGAAAAAACUGGUAAAUCCUCAGAGAAGGAUUUAUCUGGUAAUACGACUCGGUCUUAUGUGCUGACUGGACUGAGCAAGUGUACUCUGUACUCUUUUAAAAUGUUGGCCUAUACAAUCAAAGAUGGUGUUUUAACAGCUUCAAAACAAAAAGAAACAGCAGAAGAUGCUCCAUCUGCACCUCUUAAGCUUGAGACAAAAAUCAUUCAACCCAACGCUCCCUCAGUUCCACAAGUAACACUAACAUGGAGUAAACCUGCAGUUUGUGGUGAUAAUGUUCUCCAUUACAAAGUGUCAUACAACCGUGAUGUAGAUCCCACUUUAAAGGGGGAAACGGUUGACCAGAGUAAGCUGACGGUAACGAUUCCUGUGUGGGGAGGAGUGACGUACAAGUUCCGUGUCAAGGGAGUCACCAACAAGGAAGGACCAGACACACCCACAAAAACUGUCGUGAUACCAAUUUAUUGUAAGUGAAUAUUUUA